UUCUGUACUGCUGUGAUGACCAUGACGUCACCUAUCACCAUCUUGAAAGGGAAAUUUUGCGGUCAGACACGGUUUGCCCAGUGUUGUUGAUGUUUCGUUGUUUAUUUCUGACAUCUUCGACGUUUACAGACAGACAGGUCAUCUCUAGUACCUUUGGCUGCCACGGGAAUCGUACCAAAACGUACCUGUAGGGAGAUUUUUGCUGUAGUAUACGCGUAUAAGCACCUGUCGCAGUUUGAUACAUCUGUGUUGAGACUUCGACACAUCCCCAUUUUGCUGCUGACGAACGACAAUUGUUUUUGAAAAGCAAAAUGGCUGGAUGUCUGGACAAUUUCCAGUGGCCCAAGUGCGACUGUAUCGAGCUGGGAGACAAGCGGAACGCCAUCGCGUCCAUAUCUGCAGGAAUGCUGUUCUUUGCUGGUUGGUGGGUGAUUAUUGAUGCAGCCAUACAGUACCCUGAACAGGACAAGCUUCACCACGCCUACCACACCUGCGGAGUCAUAUCAACUGUCGCCAUGUUCAUGAUAAAUGCUGUAUCCAAUGGGCAGGUGAGAGGGGACACCUACAGCACAGGUUGUAUGGGACAAACAGGGGCCAGAGUUUGGAUGUUUAUUGGAUUCCUGCUCGCGUUCGGUUCCCUCAUUGGUGCCUCCUGGAUUCUCAUUGGUGGUUACGUAGUGAACCCUUCAGCCCUCCACAAGCAGAACCAGUAUGCAGGAGUUGCAGUCUUCCUGCAAAAUGCACUCAUCUUCUUCAGUGCAAUAGUUUUCAAGUUUGGCAGGACGGAAGACCUGUGGGAAUGAGGAACGCCUAUGUGAGACCCGUUGUGAGACACAGCAAUAGAACAGCAUGGAUGUACAGCUAUAUUGACCUUGACAGCUAACCAAGGUCGCGAUCUUAUCAGAUGCGAUAAAUUGAUGUGGCAUAUUUAUAGAAAUCUUACUACCGGUAGAUCUAAUAUGAAAAGUACUCAUUUUUGUCAGGUGAUAUAGAUACAUUUGUAGAUACUGAUACUAAAUGUAACAAACUAAAAAUGGUAACGUUAUGUAUAAUGUAACAUUUGUGUAAACCAAACUUUCAAUGUUUAGAGAUUAUUACCUUUACAAUACUUGUAUAUGUAAUAAGUGGACAGAGGCAUUCCUUUUGAAAUGUUGGUGUUAAAAUCCUUUUUAAAUGUGAAGCAUGCUUACAAUAGCUGUAAAAAAAGAUAUGUUUUUCCUAUUGAGCCAGAAGUUUCUUUUUUUUUUCUUCAUUUUUUGUUACUUUAAUCUGUGCGUAUUGUAAGUUUCAAGUGAAUUUUGUGCCAUCUUGUACAGCCAGUGUGUUAUUUUGUUAUUCUCUUGCUCAACUCUUGUGCAUAUAACACAGUAUUAGAGGCAAAUGUAGUAAAAAGACUUAAAAACAUAAACUGUUUUAACAGUGCUUGAAUGGGUGAGGCUAUAUUUGAACACUUGUUAAGCGGGAAAAUUGAUUAAAGCAAAAUUUGAGGAAUCCAUGUAUCUCUUUAUAUCCUUUCUCUAGAGAACGUUGUCAGAAAACUAGUGUUCAAAAUAAGGAUGUCUCACAACUUGUAUUAUCCCAUAUGUAUUUCAAAAUAUAUUUCAGUAUAAUGUAUUUACGCUUAUAAACUGUACAUAUCUUCCUAUGAGACUGUAAUAUUUCCUUAUCAUUUUAGUUGUGAAAAUGUUGUGGAAUGGGGGAAAAAUAAAUUUGUGUUACUUUUCUUUAUUUGUAAGUUAAUACAAUUUGCAUUUUUCUUUAUUCAGUAAAAAUAUGUCUCGCAUUGAAGACAUCAAUGUUCUCUUCAUGAAUUCAUUAAAGUGCAGAAAACUUUAAA